CACUGCUCUGUCUCUGAAGUCAGACUGCUCCCGGUGCCAUGAACAGAGACAACGCCUUUGCAAAGAGACCCAGGGAUGAUGCUAAAACAUCAGAGAAGAGAAGCAUGGCCUUCGUUGGUAUUGCCAAAUACUUCUCUAAGAAAGAGUGGGAAAAGAUGAAAUACUCGGAGAAAAUCAACUGUGUGCAUAUGAAGAGAAAGUAUGAGGCCAUGACUAAACUAGGUUUCAAUGUCACCCUCCCACCUUUCAUGCGUAAUAAACGGGCCACAGACUUCCAGGGGAAUGAUAUUGAUAAUGACCGUAACCGCAGAAAUGAGG